CAACGAACUUGCAGUAGUGUUUUGGCAAAACGAGUUCCGCUGUAAAACCCGAUGAGUUUAAUGGAAGGGACGACAGCAGAACUGCUGAAGAAACAGAGACGUUGAAGCAAGUCUUCCUUCUCAAACUCAGUCUCAGUAGGCAUCUGACUCCCCUAACUGCAGCAUCAAGCCCAAUUAGCGCUCAAAACAAUCACUGAAUGCGACCUAUUACAUAAGAUACACGAUUUCCAGCUUAUCGAACAUGGAGAUCGGAGUGAGACUGUUUGGUGCUGUACAGCUUAUCCUCUCUUGGUUGACAGCUCCAAUUUUCUACUAUUUGGCGAGAAAAAAAUCUGGAAUACUUCUUCCGCCAAUUUCUGAGCCAAUUCUGAAAUUAAGCAUAACACAACUUGCUCGCAAAAUUCGUAAAAGAGAGCUAACUUCAGAACAAGUAGUUAAGGCAUACGUGAAUCGCUGUAAGGAAGUGAACCCUCUGCUGAAUGCAAUAGUGGAGGACAGAUUUGAAGCUGCUUUAAAAGAAGCAAAAGAAGUCGAUCAACAGAUCGCUUCUCGAUUGAAAACAGAAGAUGAAAUGGAAAAGGAGACUCCUCUACUAGGCGUUCCUAUUACAAUCAAGGAGAGCAUUGGAAUUAAAGGUAUGAGUUUGAGUGUUGGAAGCAAAUUGAGAGAAAAUAUCAAAGCACAAACCGAUGGAGAUUCAGUCAUCAAUCUGAAAAGUGCUGGAGCAAUUCCGAUCGCAAUAACAAAUACACCUGAGCUGUGUCUUUGUUGGGAAACUAUGAAUCUGAACGGGUGCACUAAUAAUCCAUACAAUCUAUCAAGAACACCCGGUGGAUCUUCAGGAGGAGAGGCGGCGUUGAUAAGUUCUGCAGCAUCGAUAGCAGGAGUUGGUUCAGAUUUGGCGGGAUCUAUUCGCAUACCGUCCAUGUUCACUGGAAUUUUCGGACACAAGCCUACACCUGUAUUGCAGAUCGAUCUGAAGAAACUGAAAGUAUACUACAUGGAAAAUGCAGGCUUUUCCUUUGUCGACGUGAAAGUUGAUCGUUCAGUUCGUGAUGCCAUAAGAAAAGGUGUCAAGCAUUUGGCAUCAGUUGGGGGGUGCUCAGUCAAAAAGGUUUGCAUUGAUGAAAUGGAGGGUACAGCUGAAACAUGUGCAUCUACAUUCUUCAGCAUGAAAAAUAUCCCAGAUUUGAUGAGCAUGGCAAACCCGGAUAAUCCGAAAGAAAAGAAAAAUGUAUUUGUAGAACUUGUGAAAUCGAUAUUUGGAUUAUCCAACAUCUCGACUGCAGGUAUAUUGUUCACCCUCUUGUGCAACUGCAACUGCUUCAUACCUCGUUCGCGGAAAGAUCACUACUUGCGAGAGAAUGAACAUAAUUUACAAGUAUUUCAGAACCUGCUUCAAAAUGACGGAGUAUUUAUUUAUCCAACCCAUCCGAUUCCCGCCUAUUAUCAUGGUCAGUAUAAGGUGAAAAUAGCAGGGGUGAUGUACACCAUGGUCUUCAAUACACUGGGCAUGCCCUCCACGCACAUUCCAAUGGGGCUCAAUAGAGAAGGACUACCAAUUGGCUUUCAGGUGGCUGCGGCACCCAAUAAUGACCGUCUUUGCCUUGCGGUAGCAAAAGAAUUGGAAACUGCGUUCAAAGGAUGGGUCCCACCUCCAUCUAAAUAACCAAAUGAAGGAUUUUUGAUUGAAUGUAAUCUGUGAUAUUUAUUAUAAAUGUGUAAUGGAGAGUGGUAUUAUAUUAAUAGGAUAUAAUCGAAUAUAACCUAAUUGUUAAUGAUGAUUUUCAGUUGAUCGAUUAUUAGAAAGUUCAAAUUGAGUUGAAAAAUCAAAAUAAUUUAUUAUGUUCUUUUUUACAUUUGGUUAACUAGAAGAGAUUUCUAUGUAUAACUUCACUAAAACUGUAACUUUAAUACAAUAAAUUAAACUUGUGUAUUGGAACAGUUUAGGAUACGCUUUAAAAAAUAUAUAUUGAAAAUAAAGAUACAAUAUAGAUUAUGACGUGUGUGUUACAAACAUUAUAAGAUGUAGGCUAAUAAGUAAAAGCGAAUUUUCUCAAUGAAACUUUUUCUAUAUUUUCUCCAGACUUAUAAUUUCUUCUUCCAAAGUACUAUGGAUACAUUUGAAAUUGAAAUUAAUCUUGUGGCAUUAUCACUGCAAGUGAUAUGAAUAUUGCAAGGUUUGAUUCUUUCAAGAGCGUUAAUAUUCCAUUUUUUAUUACAUAACAUUCCUCGCAGCUUGUAUUAAGACGAGGCAUUUUUCUUCAACCGGAAAUCGAUAUAAUCUUUUCAGGAAUAGAUAGUUGAGGAGGAGAAGUGUGCUAGCCUAUCCCUUUAUUAGAUUAUAAAACCAUUCGACAAAAUAUUAGUUUCAACCCUAGUAACCUAGUUGUUUCAUAAAAAAUAAUAUUUCGCUCAAAAUUAACGACAAGUAGAAUUGAAAGAGUGAUGUGAUAAAUUUUAGUUCAGCAACAACUUUUCAACCAUUGUUGGUACGGUAAUUGAUAUUUUGAGGAGUUUCACAUAUCAGAGUAAAGUGAGAAACAAACCAGAAAGUGGACUGUUAACAUUAUUCAGAAGAUAAAAAAGAAUCUGAAGGUGGUCUUUCAAAAUGUUGUGGCAUGUUUAUGUUUCAAUCUACCAUUUCGUUAUAAUGCUACUUGGCUUUAGACAAGUAGCAAAUGCUUGGAAUGUGUCAGUGAAGUCAACGUUUUUUGAGCAUGGCAGAAGCAAUUUAUGGAAAUUUCUCAGUGUCUGGGUGCAGGUAUUAACUCAGCUAUAUUUUCUCACACAUGCCAUUAUCUAUAUGAAGAAGAGAGAUAAUGCAAGA